UGCAAGGUGCUUGUUUGUAAAUCAACACGAGUUGUAAAAGUUUUGUGUAUUCGACGAUGGAGUUUAAAAUAUCAUGUUAAAAGUUUGGAAAAGUAUAUUUGCAGUGCUAUUUUUGAAUUGGGAAUAAUGUUCGGAUAUUUAAGUGAAUAUUCCAUAAGGGAUUUAUUAUGAUUUUGGAGUUAUGUUGGUUUUUGCACGGUUUUUGACGGCUGUGUUGAUUGCACAUCAAAUUAUCAUCAUUGAAGCAUUUCCUUCAUGCUAUCCUGAUCCCUGUUUGAAUGGAGCUGCUUGUAAAACAGCAAGUAAUGGAGAAAGUUACUGUGUGUGUCCCCAAAGUUAUAUAGGUACCUACUGUGAGUUUGAUAAUCCUUGUGGUCCAAAUCUUGAUCUUUGUAUGAAUGAUGGAACCUGUACUGUAAUACAAGCUGGGGGAAUCAAGGCAAGAUGUGAUUGUAAAUUAGGAUUCAAUGGAACCCUUUGUGAAUUUGUAGUUCCUGGCAGUAUAUGUUAUAACAAUCCAUGUAAACAUCAGGGAACAUGUCAAAAUACUCAUUCUUUAGCUGAUUAUAUGUGUACAUGUACAAGUGGAUAUACAGGAAAAAAUUGUGAAUAUAUUGAUUAUUGUGAAAAGCAGCCAUGUAGAAAUGAUGGAACAUGUCACUCUAUGGAGGAUGGCUACUUGUGCAGCUGUACUCAGGGAUACACAGGACCAACAUGCAUGUCUGAUGUAGAUGAAUGUGCAGAGAAUCCAGGGCUAUGUCAAAAUGGUGGACAAUGUGAUAAUAGAAUUGGUUCUUACAUGUGUCACUGUGAUUUAAAGUAUACUGGACAACAUUGUGAACAACUAUUUGUACCUUGUUCUCCAAGUCCUUGUCUGAAUGGAGGAACAUGUGUAACAUCAGGGACAACUACAUAUCAAUGUUUGUGUAAAACAGGAUUUCGAGGAGUGAAUUGUGAAAUCAACAUUAAUGACUGUGAGAAGAACCAAUGUGCUAACGGAUCUACUUGUAUAGAUGGCAAUGAUACAUACACUUGCUCAUGUCCACCAACUCAUACUGGUUAUUAUUGCCAAUUUGACGUAGAUGAAUGUGUUACCCAACCAGGAAUCUGUAAGAAUGGAGCUACUUGUUUAAACAGUCCCCAAGGAAGUUAUACAUGUAUCUGUGUUAAUGGAUGGACGGGAAAGAAUUGUACCACAAACAUUGAUGACUGUGCUGCAGAUCCUUGUUUUAAUGGAGGUACCUGUCAUGACAAAGUUGGCUACUACCACUGUGAAUGCCCCACUGGUAAAACAGGUCUUCGUUGUCAUUUGGAUGAUGCAUGUAUUAGUCAUCCUUGCCAUUCUGGAGCUAAUUGUGAUACGUCCCCAAUUAAUGGUGAUCCUGUAUGUACAUGUAGACAGGGCUGGUCAGGAGCUGAUUGUUCUAUAGAUAUAAACGAAUGUAAUGAAAAUGCCAUUUCUCCAUGUGAACAUGGUGGUACAUGUGUUAACACAGAAGGAAGUUUCAAGUGUGACUGUGCUCCAGGUUAUAACGGUCCCAGGUGUGAACAGAACAUCAAUGAAUGUAUCUCUAAUCCUUGUCAGAAUGAGGGAACUUGUCUGGAUGAUGUAGCAGCAUGGCGAUGUAUCUGUAUGCCAGGCUAUGAAGGAAUCCACUGUGAGAAUGAAAUUGAUGAGUGUAAAAGUAACCCUUGUCAAAACCAUGGGAUCUGUGAAGACCAAGUCAAUAAGUACAAGUGUACUUGCCGACAAGGUUUUACUGGUCCUACAUGUGCCUUGAAUAUAGAUGAAUGUGAAAGUUCUCCUUGUGUCAAUGGUGCCACUUGUGAAGAUAAUGUCAACGCAUACGUUUGUCGUUGUAGGAAUGGUUUUGCUGGCGUAAAUUGUGAGGUGAAUAUCAAUGAUUGUCAGAACAUCGAUUGUCACAAUGGAACAUGUGUUGAUGGUCUGGGUACCUACACAUGUUCCUGUUUACAAGGUUAUACUGGUACCCAUUGUGAAGUACAGAUCAAUGUUUGUGAUUCCCAGCCUUGUCAGUAUGGAGGCAGUUGUUUCAGUUAUACAACCAGUAAUGGACUACGAUAUGAGUGUCGAUGUCUGACUGGAACAUCAGGGAAGAAUUGUGAAACAAAUGGGAACGACUGUAUUAACAAUCCAUGUUUGAAUGGAGCGACAUGUGAAGAUGGAAUUAAUAACUACACAUGUAAAUGUAAACCGGGAUAUAUCGGUCGCAAUUGUUCAAUAAACAUAGAUGAAUGUGCGUCAUCACCGUGCCAGAAUGGUGGUGUUUGUAUGGACAUGGUGAAUGCUUACAAGUGUGAUUGUCCAUCUGGUUAUUAUGAUGCCAACUGUAUCUCCAAUAUCAAUGAUUGUGUUAGUAAUCCAUGUUUGAAUGGCGGUGUUUGUCGUGAUGGUGUAAACAGGUUUGAUUGUGAGUGUCCAGUUGGAUAUACAGGCAGUCGUUGUGAGAUGUUAGCAGAUGAAUGUCAAUCUAAUCCUUGUCAACAUGGUGGCACUUGUAGAAACCUGGUUGGAAGAUAUGAAUGCAGUUGUUUACCUGGAUUCACUGGUACUCAGUGUGAGAUCAACACUGAUGAAUGUGCCAGUAGCCCCUGUAAACAUGGUAGCUGUGUAGACAUGCCCAAUGGAUACACUUGCCACUGUGAGGUGCAAUGGAGUGGUUCUAAUUGUGAAAAAGAAAUGAACCCAUGUUCUCCCAAUCCUUGCAGGAACAGUGCCAACUGUGAUGUGACUGAAAACUACCAGGAUUAUUAUUGCCGCUGCCAGAUAGGAUUUACAGGACGACAUUGUGAUGUUGAUCAUAAUGAAUGUACACAGCCCAAAAUUUGCCACAACGGUGGGACAUGCCAUAACACCUAUGGUUCCUUCAACUGUUCCUGCCUGCCUGGCUAUGAAGGAAAAUACUGUGAAGUCAACCAUGAUGACUGUGAUCCUAACCCUUGUCAAAAUGGAGGGACUUGUUUUGACGGCAUUAACGAUUACACAUGUGUUUGUGUUGGAGGCUUCGGUGGCAAACAUUGUCAGAAUGACAUCAAUGAAUGUGCAUCUAACCCAUGCAGGAAUGGAGCUGUGUGUACAGACUAUGUGAAUUCAUAUACCUGCACCUGUCGUCCUGGUUACAGUGGGAAGGAUUGUCAGAAUGAUGACAAUGAUUGUACACUCUCAUCCUGUUUAAAUGGAGGUACAUGUAUAGAUAAAGAGAACUACUAUAAGUGUGUCUGUCCAAAUGGUUACACAGGAACUAACUGUCAGACGAAGAUACAUCCUUGUGAUAGUAAUCCAUGCAUGAAUGGAGCUACUUGUUCAAACAAACAGUCGUCAUGGGAAUGUGUUUGUCCUUAUGGCUUCACAGGACCUCGCUGUGAGGAAUUUUUCGACUGGUGUGAAACUAAUCCAUGUAAGAAUCGGGGAACUUGUAUGCAGAAUGCUAACGUUUUUGAGUGUACUUGUGCACUUGGUUAUACUGGUAAAACCUGUGACAUCAGUAGAAUGACGUGUGAAGCUGCAGCACAAAAUCAGGGUAUUUCUGUCGGUCAGUUAUGUAAAUAUGGUGGAAAUUGUCGUAACACAGCUGAUCACCAUGUUUGUGAUUGCAAAGCAGGAUAUGAAGGCAGUUACUGUGAAAUUGUUAUCAAUGAGUGUGCAUCAGCACCAUGCCAGAAUGAGGCCACUUGUCAUGAUUUUGAAGGAUAUUACCAGUGUACUUGUAAGUUAGGAUUUCAAGGAACGAACUGUGAUAUCAAUGUGGACGAUUGUCAGAACCAAUCGUGUAACAAUGGCGGAACAUGCAUUGACCUGGUCAAUACAUUUGCAUGCUUGUGUCCACCUGGAACCAAUGGAUAUUUCUGUGAAGUGAACCAACAAGAUUGCUACAGUGGAGCAUGUCACCAUGGUGGUACUUGUAUUGACAAAGUCGGAGGGUUUGAAUGUCAGUGUAAACCUGGCUUUGUUGGAGAUCAGUGUGAGGGAGACAUAAAUGAAUGUGUCAUCUAUAAACCAUGUAAUCCAGGAGGUACAAGAGCCUGUGUUCAGCUGGAAAAUACAUAUAAAUGUGAAUGUAACCCAGGAUGGAUUGGAGAGAAUUGUAGUACUGCUGUCAAUUAUUGUCAAACCAAUCCAUGUUUGAAUGGAGGAACCUGUUCCAAUGGGAAACAUUCUCAUGUUUGUACUUGUAAGUCAGGUUUUAGUGGACCAAACUGUGGAAUUAUCUCAGAUUUCUGUACGCCAAACAGUUGUUACAACAAUGCCAGAUGUGAAAAUUAUGGCUCUGGUUUUCAUUGUAUAUGUUUGCCUGGUACAGAAGGUGAAUUCUGUCAGUAUGAUGUUGUUAAAGAGUGUGAGUCAAAUCCUUGUAGAUAUGGAGGAUCCUGUAUAGAUAAACCAGGUUCCUAUGAAUGCUGGUGUCCAAGAUAUUCUACUGGUGUCAAUUGUGAAGUACAUGACCUGAAUGCUAACCCUGGAUUAGGAAAAGCCACAGUCAGCCCACCUGUGAUUGAUCCCAAACAGGUUUACUGUAAUGAUGGAGGAUGCUCCUCUGUAGCAGGCGAUGGCAAAUGUGAUUCUAAUUGCAACUACAUGGCUUGUCAGUAUGAUGGAGGAGACUGUUCCCUUGGCGUUAAAGAUCUCUGGAAGGACUGUCUGGCCCCAGUAAAUGGUGUCUACUGCUCAGAAGUGUUCCAGGAUGGUAAAUGUGACGAAGCCUGUAACAUGGAGGACUGUUUAUUUGAUGGCAAGGAUUGCAUGGGUAAUCCAACAUGUAACCCAAACUUUAAGUCCUACUGUGAGGUGAAUUAUGGCAAUGGUCACUGUGAUCAGGGAUGUAAUAAUGCUCCAUGUAACUGGGACGGCAAUGAUUGUAACAAUCCUACUCCCAUGAACAGCUUAAAAGGCACAAUGGUUAUAUUCAUAUAUAAAACUACCAAAGACGAUUUCCUGAUUAAUGCAAAUGAAUUUCUACGUAACAUGGGACUGUUAUUGAAUGUUGUGAUCAAGAUAAAGAAGGAUGCUAAUGGAAAUUUUAUUAUUAAACCUUGGUCUUCUAAUGGGCUCCAUAGAGAGAAAAGGUCCAUUAUCAACAGGAUCAAAAGAGAGAGUGUUAAAAUUGAAGGAAUUGAAGUACAUCUUGAAUUGGACAGUAGCCAGUGUAGAACAGAUCCUUCCAUGAAGUGCUUAACUAAGAUUGAAUCAGCAGUACAGAUUAUAGCAGCUCAGAAGAACCAAUCCUGGUCACAUGGUGGUCCAACCAUCAGUAGAGUUUCAAGUGAAGAUGUAGAUGGUCCUGGUCAAGAUGAAGCUACAUCAUACCAAACAAUGUACAUUGUGGUUGCAUGUGGUGGCAUUCUGGUGUUGGCCAUACUUGUUAUUGUUGUUUUGUCAAGAAAGAAGGUGGCACGAGGCAUUACCUGGUUUCCUGAAGGAUUUUUCUCCAGCAAUAAUAGUUCUAAGGCUCCUGGACCAAGAGCAUCAAAGAGACGAGUCCCAGAUGGUGAAGAAAAGAAAGGUAAUCAGAUGCCACAAUUUGAUGGUUUGACUGGUGCGACAACUCCACCAUGGAAUGAUGAUGAGGAUGAAUCUAAGGCCAAACGAAUCAAGAUGGAGAAAGAUUGUGAAGUUUUAGAACAGAAUUUAGAUGGGGAUAAAGACCAGCGACAAUGGACACAGCAGCAUCUAACAGCAGCAAACAUUUCAAAUGAUUCAAUGCUUGCUUUGACUCCGCCUGACGACUGUGAUCACACAAGAGUUAGAGAUAUAGAUGUACGCGGCCCCGACGGCUUCACACCCCUCAUGUUGGCAGCUUUCCGUGGAGGAGGAUAUGAUGUUGGAGAUAACGAAUCCAGUGGAUCUGGUGGAUCAGGUUCUUCGGACAGUAGAGAUUCAGAAAAUUGUGUGGAUUACAUACAAGCAUUAUUGACACAAGGUGCUUCAGUGGACCUAGCUACAGACAGGACUGGAGAAACAGCUUUACAUUUGUCAUCUAGGUAUGCCAGAUCUGAUGCUGCCAAAAUUUUGUUAGAUGCUGGAGCUGAUCCUAACCAACCAGAUAUUCAAGGUAGAACACCUCUACAUUCUGCAAUUGCUGCUGAUGCACAAGGUGUUUUCCAGAUUUUAUUAAGAAACAGAAGCACUAAUUUGAAUGCAAGAAUGGAGGAUGGUGCCACGCCCCUUAUAAUGGCAGCUCGUUUAGCUGUAGAAGGGAUGGUGGAAGAUUUAAUCGGUGCUGAUGCUGAUAUAAAUUCUGCUGAUGAAUACGGUAAAACAGCUUUACAUUGGGCGUCUGCUGUCAACAACUACACUGCAGCCCAAGUGUUGUUACAGCAUGGAGCUAACAGGGAUGCACAAGACCACAAGGAUGAGACACCUUUAUUUUUGGCAGCACGAGAAGGCGCAUAUGAAUCUGCUAAAAUUUUACUUGAACAUUAUGCAAAUCGUGAUAUUACUGACCAUAUGGACAGGUUACCACGUGAUAUAGCAAGCGAGAGGAUGCAUGGUGAUAUCUUACAAUUAUUAGAUGAGUACUGCAUUAGUAGUCCCAUGUCAUUACCUACGUCGCCAAAUGGCCUGCACUUUAUGCAGCAAAAACCUUCAAAAAUGAAACAAAAGAAAUCUAAGCACAACAAUGGACUUGGUACUCCACUUACACACAACGGAGUGUUAAUCAAUGGUGUACACCAAAAAAGAACUAAAUCCAAGAAGAAAUCUUCUAAAGGAAAUGGACAUUCUCAAAUCAGUGAGGGAUCUAUUGGAACUGUCUCACCGGGAAAUUCAAUUGCGUCUCCUUUGGAUUAUGAGCGUACACCUCCACCAUAUGACAGUAUGUAUGGUAAUGGACAAAACUUCUUACAGCAACAGACUUUACAGCAGUCAAUUGAAGAACUGCAGAAAAACUGUGCAAUGAAUCAAGUGCUAGACGUUCAGAAUCAUAAUGAUAAUAAUUAUAGAGACCUUCGGAAUUGUUAUGAUAAGACUCUGAUGGAGCAAGAGUAUGCCCUGUGGCAUCAAGGACAUCAAAAUUCACAAAUGAAUCCACAACAUUCUCAGCCAUCAAAUAUUCCAACACCACCACAAAACAUCCCAUCCAAUCCUAGUCCCCUUGGCAAAAUAUCACCAUCAAAACCACCAAAAAACUUGCCAACGUCACCUACUCAUAUUCAGGCAAUGCAGCAACGUGCGCGACAAGAACGUGCAAAUGGAAGUCCACCAAACAAACAGACUGAUCUAACGUGUUCAUUUCAGAAUAAAAAUCAUAGUGAACCCAUGCCAUUUACAACAUUUGGCAGAGGGAUGCAAAAACUUUCAACCCCUCAACAACCAAUGUACUUAGAACAAUUCCCUACUCCUCCAUCAACACACAGUAUGGGCUCACCGCCACAGAUAAUUCAUCAACCAGUGCUACCAGAUCAUUAUCUCACCCCAUCACCAGAUUCACCAGGACAGUGGUCUAGUUCAUCGCCUCAUUCAGCGCAUUCUGAUUGGUCGGAGGGUAUCUCCAGUCCGGACCAAAAUGUACGGACGACACUUACACAACCACCUGUCUUUUUAUAACAUUAUGAGUCAUUUUAUUGUUUUUAUUUCAUUUUCUGUCUUUCUUUCUCCGUUGUGAGAAAGAGUAUAAAAUUUAUAUAUGCAUUUAUUUUGUAUUUCAUUAGCAUAUGAAUAUUGUCUGGUAAAGUAAUGAUAACUUAUAUAUGUAUAAGUUGACCAUGACACUCAUAAUAUUUUUUUC